CCGCUUGCCCUUUCUUUCGAUCUCUCCAAAGUCCAAUCUCGUAGAAGGCACAGAAGAAGCAGAGAGAUGGUUUGCGAGAAAUGCGAGAAGAAGCUGUCGAAGGUGAUCGUGCCCGAUAAGUGGAAAGAGGGGGCGAGCAAUACAACUGAAGGCGGGGGAAGGAAGAUCAACGAGAACAAGCUUUUGUCCAAAAAGAACAGAUGGACACCUUACGGAAAUGCAAAAUGCAUGAUCUGUAAACAACAAGUCCACCAAGAUGCCAAAUACUGCCAUACCUGUGCUUACUCAAAAGGUGUAUGUGCCAUGUGUGGGAAGCAGGUGCUAGAUACGAAGUUCUAUAAGCAAAGCAAUGUAUGAAGUUGGCCGCUAAUCCUGUGAGUUGUCAAGCCAGGAUUUAAAGGAAGCAAAUUUAAUUGAGGCCUCGGCACCUCUGCACCCUGUGGACAACGCCUAGCCUCACGCCUCAUAGCUCGUCCGCUAACCUCGGACUUCCCUCUUCCUGUCAACAGCUAGCACAGCCACAAGAUCACCUAACUAGCUUCCUAUACGCCUCCUCCUUACACUUACUAGAACAGCAAAAAUCUAUUUCCCCGAACAUCCUACACUGCUUGGUUCACCUAACAGCACCAACAUAGCCGCCUGGACCUCUCGUACCUCUGCUUUAACAUCUGCACCUAGCAUAUCCCUGGCAAACACUCACACGUCUAACCCGAGCUCUUCCACAACUCAAUCUUCUUCAGAAUUAAGUCCUGAGCACGAGCCACCUUGCUGGCGCAAUCAUUUCAUUGAUGUUCAUCUGUGAUAGAGCACGCACCUGCAAGCAUCAACUCUCAUCAAUCGCAUACAUGUUGCCACUGGCUAAUCCCCACCCCCCCACAUCUUCACGAUUAAUUAUUCUGUGCGGACGCCAAACGCCGUCAGGAGACCAACCAGAAUGCAUCACGUCACCUCUUUGCUCGGUACUACUCGGUACCACGGCUUGGUGUCGCUGACGUGGCAUAUUCUGGUUGGCGUUCUGCUUCCGGCAUCCGGCGUCCGCAAAGAAUAAUUUCUUCAUCUUCAUGCACUUGUCCGUCACGCGCUCCUAUUUGUUGUCCCGCACACAUUCUUGCACACAGUUGCUUGUUAACGCCUACACAUCCCAGCAAGCACUUGCUGGCAAUGUUUGUUGCACCUUGUCAAUCACGUUGCCUACAUAUCGUGGAGCCUGUCAGUAUUCUUAGACCAGCGAGCUCACAUGCAUGCGCGAUGAUUUUGUUCAACAUUAGCUACCAACAGAUAUCUUGCUCACGCCUCACUAAUUGUUGUGAGCCUGUAUUUAGGAACUGAUGCCAAAUGCUUUUGUUAUUCAUAUGACGCGAUGUGAUUUUGAAAUGUGCUUGGUAAAAAUUAUACUCGCUGCUUAAAAAAAUGUUUAGAACUCCAAGCUCAGGAUAGCAGUAUGAUGAGGAGAGAUUAUUACAUCUGGAGUUUGGACCUACAGAACCGUUCGGUCGUAUGAUUGUGAACAGUAAAAGCACAGUAAAAAUACAAUUACUAUUCA